AUGGCCUCUCUUCUCCUGGCGGCUCUCUGCCUCGUCGUAUCGAUUCCCUUGGCAAAAGGUGACCCGCCAAAUUGCGACGCCGAGAGUUCCGGUGGCUGCUCACGUAGGUUACCGACGACCUAAUGGCGUGCUCGGUGCGUCAUGUAGCUUUGCUGUUUCUCUGUGCUUACGUCAUCAAUCAGAGAUCAUCGCGGGCACCCCGGAUGGUCGUCUCUUCAGUACCACCUUCCCUGAAGAGGGUUUUGUGCUGGCCCAGACGGACAUAGAAGCGAAUGGUGACGUGAGGGCCCGCGGCCGUGUGUUCGGCCUUGCGCUCCUGGAAACCGAUGGCGAUGUAGAAGCGCUUGGCACAAUCACAGGACAAAAAGUGGUUGCGGUGUCAAAAGGAAACACUCCUCCGGCAGAAAUCGCUGAUGUGGCCGAGGGCGGAGUAAGUGAGGAAUACUGCUACAGAACCUAAAAGGGCGAGUACACACUGUCUGCAUGUCUGUUUGUCUGUGUUGGUCGAUUGCACGUCAAGUUAUCGUCUGCGGCAACCCGGGAACGCGCUUUGACUUUGAACAAGGUACACACGUGUCAGUUCUAUCUCAUCCAGCUCACCCUCUUUGUAUCAUGUACACUGUGCAGGGGAUAUAAAGGCGCAGCUGGAUGUAGAGGCAGACAGGAACGUCGAAGCAAGGAGCAGUGCUUUUGCGGACGCGGCGUCAACACACCGCGCACCAUCAGCAAGUCAUUCGAGGUGCGCGGCCCGCCCGUCAGUCAGGCGAACUCGUCGGUCCACCACGAGUGGAGUGCCAGCGGGCGCGCAUCAGCGCAUGAGGCCUUCCGGAAGCUGCAUGUGCAGGCCUACGGCCACAAGAAGCUGG